AUGGAGUUAUUUUACUAUAUGGUGUUUGGGGCUUUGGGGAUAGUGGUGGCAGCACUGGAGCUCAGUAAAAGUAACAAGGAUCGGGUUAAUACUUCUGCAGCUUUCAAUUCCUUCAAGAAUAAUUACCUUCUCGUUUACUCUCUCAUGAUGGCUGGUGACUGGUUGCAGGGCCCUUAUGUUUACUACCUUUACACAACUUAUGGCUUUGGGAAGGGGGAAAUUGGCCAGCUCUUUAUCGCAGGAUUUGGAUCUUCCAUGCUGUUUGGAACCAUUGUUGGAUCUCUAGCAGAUAAACAGGGACGGAAGAGAGCAUCUGUGACUUACUGCAUCACGUAUAUACUGAGCUGCAUCACCAAGCAUUCUCCUCAGUAUAAAGUUCUGAUGGUAGGACGUAUUUUGGGUGGUAUUGCCACGUCUCUCCUGUUUUCAGCAUUUGAAUCAUGGCUCGUGGCAGAACACUUCAAGAGGGGUUUCGAUCAGCAGUGGCUCUCAUUAACUUUCUCUAAGGCAAUAUUCCUUGGCAAUGGUCUUGUUGCUAUUCUCGCUGGGUUGUUUGGAAAUCUACUAGUUGAUACCUUAAGUCUUGGGCCUGUGUCACCCUUUGAUGCUGCCGCUGUCUUUCUAGCUAUUGGAAUGGCUGUUAUAUUAUCAUCAUGGACUGAGAACUACGGGGACUCUUCGGAGAGCAAGGACUUGCUUACUCAGUUCAAGGGUGCUGCUGUAGCAAUUGCUUCAGAUGAGAAGAUUGCUUUGCUGGGUGCAAUUCAGUCUCUAUUUGAAGGUUCAAUGUACACAUUUGUAUUUCUCUGGACACCCGCACUGAGUCCAAAUGAUGAAGAGAUUCCUCAUGGUUUUAUUUUUGCAACUUUCAUGUUGGCUUCAAUGUUGGGAAGCUCUAUUGCAUCUCGUUUAUUGGCCCGCAACUCAACUAGAGUAGAGAGCUACAUGCAAAUUAUUUUCGUUAUUUCUUCUGCCUCCCUUCUGCUUCCCAUAUUGACAAAUUUCUUGGUCACUCCUUCAAAGGUGAAAGGGGGCGGCAUCACUCUUGCAGCAUCAGCGAAGAAGAUAUGGGAUGCUCUUGAAAAAACACUUGCGCAUUGA